AUGGAACUUUUGGACAUGUUAGAAUUAAAAGAUGAGGAAAUACCUAAUACUGGUGUGAAUGUAACAUUACACCCUCCUCUAAAUUCAACUGAUGACGUAACAGAUGAAGAUUCGUGUGCUGAAGAAAAUCCAAGUGUAGAUAAAUUACCAGCAAGUCAGCUCAAUGCUACUGCACUUUGUGAUUUGGCCAUUUCUACCAAUGGUAAUGCUAUGAAUGCAACAAGGAAACAAUCCUUUACGUCUGAUGUUGUUCCAGGACCCUCCAGAAGCACAAAAACAGCAACAAUAACAACAACAACCACAAACAAACCAGCAAGGCUAUCGAAGAAUAAAGUUUUAAACCUCAAGAAAUAUAAGUGGAAAAGUGGUGAAAUAGUUAAUCCAACACCUGUAUGGCCUCUAAUGUUCACAUUUUUUGAUAACAAAGUGCUUCUAUGCAGCCAAGAUUGUUCAGAAGAUGAGAUGUUGGUGUUUAUUGCAAUACUUCUGUUAAGUGGAUAUGUAACAGUGUCACACAGAAAGAUGUACUGGCAAUCAGAUAUAGACAGUCACAAUGACCUCGUAACAAAUGUCAUGUCCAGAGAUCGAUUUGGCUUUAUCUUUUCCAAUUUGCAUGUAUGCAACAAUGACAAUUUAGAUAAAUCAGACCAUUUUGGGAAAAUCUGCCCAUUACUGUGUAUGCUGAAUGAUAGAUUCAAACAAUUUGUGCCUCACGUGCGGCAUCAUUCUGUCAAUGAAUUGAUGGUCCCGUACUUUGGAAGUCACGGGUGCAAACAAUUCAUAAAAGGGAAACCAAUCUGA